CUUCUCGGGAGUCGCUUUUUACACUAGUUUCCAACCCUCUUGCGUCUGAACGAGACGCGCACAAAGAAUCUCCGGCGCAGUCCAGAUUCCCAUCCAACAGCUACAAAUAUGGCGCCUCCCAAGCAGAAGGCCCAGAAGAUGUCCAUAGGGACUUUCUUGGCCGAUGAGACCCUUGGCUCUUGGGCCGAUGAAAUGGACGAUCUCCCUUUGCCUGCCUCCGUUCCGUCCAUGGGCACUCGCCCGGCUCCGUCUGCGUCUGCUACGGGUUUCAACGGCUAUUCUGACCGCCCUUUCGCGAUUAGAGAGCCUCUUCCUCUCCCUACCCAGCCUCCGUACACUGCGCACAUCGGCAACCUUUCCUUCGAUGCGACCUCCGCCGAUGUUGAGGAUCUCUUCGCGGGUUGCGAUGUGACCAACGUCCGUGUUGUGGAGGAUAAAUUGACAAAGAGCCCUAAGGGAUUUGGUUACGUCGAAUUCGACACCGUCGAUGGUUUGAAGAAGGCCUUGGACCUUUCUGGUGCUACUCUCCAGGGCAGAUCGAUCCGAGUCAGCAUUGCGGAGCCUCCCAAGGAACGUGAUGUCAAGGAGUUUGACUGGACCCGCAGGGGCCCUCUCCCCGCCCCAGAGCCCGCUCAACGCCGUGUUCCUGACCGCUCCACAUUUGGACGCGCCUUGGACAACGUUUCCGACGCUGGCAGCGACCGUCCAUCCCGCCGCAACUUUGAAUCUGACGGCAAGCCUCGCGACUUCGGCAACUGGGAGCGCAAGGGCCCUCUUUCUCCCGUUGGUGGUGCUCCUGCACCUAGGGAGGGCGGCCGUCGAAGCUCGCCUGCCCCCGCUUGGGGCGAAGGACGCUCUCAGGAGGGCUCCAGACCCCCGCGCCGUGAACUCCAAGAACGUACUCCCACUGCGGCCGAACUUGACAACUCGUGGAGAUCGAAGAUGCGGCCCGACGCGCAAACCAGCAACCCCCCUUCGCCUGCUGCUACUCCUGCGUCUCCCGCAGCUGCUCCUGCGGCCCCUGCGGCCCCUGCCAGUCGUCCCAGGUUGAACCUUCAGAAGCGUACCGUUACGCAGGAAGUCCUCAGCCCCGCUUCCGGCACCGAAUCGAAGGCAAGUCCAUUUGGUGGUGCGAAGCCAAUCGACACUGCUACUCGCGAGAAGCAAGUGGAGGAGCGCCGCCAGGUUACGCUUCGCCAGAAGAAGGAAGCAGAUGAUAAGACCAAGGCGGAGAAAGCUGAGAAGGCGGAGAAGCAGCGCGCUUCUAAGGAGCAGGCCAAGGCUGAGAAGCCCGAAUCGAACGAAAAGGAGGGUGGUGACGUGCCUCAGGGUGGCAAGAACUUUGACAUCCUCCGACGUACCGGUGAGGAAGAGAGUGGAAUGGCCGCUGACCAGGAACCCGCGGAGGAAGCUGCCAAGGCUACUACUGCACCGCAGGAGGCUCCUGCCGCUCAAUCCAACGGCAACUGGAGAAGCGGACCGGCCGAGGCCGAAGCUGCUGGUGAGGACGAGGGCUGGAGCACCGUUAGCGCGCGGCAGCGCAGUAACCGCCGUGGAGGUCGCGCACAUGCAUAGAUCUAUUCAUUUCCUUGACUUUUUCGAUACCCUGAACAGUGUCGCCAUUUGAUUCCAGAACGCGGGGAAAACACUUUGACUGUUUUUCUUUUAUCGUCCGGGGUGCUUUUUCCGAAAAGCUCUUGCUAUCUGCGAUGGCGGAGAGGUUUUGGUUAAUGUUGGUGGCUAUUU